GUCGGUGCAUUUUCACUGUUUCGGCUUCGGCUUUAACAACUACGUGCCGUGUUUUUUUUUUCUUUCUGUGUAAUAUUUUUAAAAUGCUGUUUGUGUUUUAGCCGGAGAUGUUUAAAGAUGAUCAGAAUGAAAUCGACGAAAUUCAAGAUAAUGUUUCAAAUUCCGACCUCAACGACACCCUGAUCGACACAGACACAUGGACGUGGAACCCAAACUACAAAAGCUGCGACGUUCGAAUCAUAGACAAAAACCAAAAAUGCGUAUUAUUCCACCCAUCAUGGAGCCAAGGCACAUCAGCCAUCAGAGGGACAAAAAUACUCAACAAUACUCGCUCAUACUGGGAGAUCUUCUUACCCAAACGAAUCUGCGGGACCAGUAUGAUGUUCGGCAUAGGUACAGAAAAAAGUCGUCUAGGAUCACCCGACUAUAUCGAUUUAAUCGGCGAAGACGAGCAUAGUUGGGGCUUAUCUCACAAAGGCUUCCUAUGCCACGAUGGAGAAUACCAAAAAUUUUGUCGCCCAUUUCGAGAACAUUUACCAACCACUGUUGGUCUGUUGUUUGACGGUAUUUAUGGUACUUUGACUUAUUUCAAAGAUGACGUUUGCUUGGGAGUAGGAUUCAGAGAUUUGAACAAAAUCAAGGAACCGUUGUAUCCUAUAAUUAGUUCAACCUCGGCUAAGACUGUAAUGACACUGCAGUCGACUGCGAGCGAAUUUGUCAGCUUGAAAGAUCGAUGUAGAGCUGUGAUAUUAGAAAAUCUGAAAUGCAUAGAUGACAUACAGAAAUUACCAUUACCGACGAAAAUGAGAGAAUACCUUAUGGAAAACGUAGAACCAGAUGAAAUUACCAGUCAUGAACGCAAAUGGUAUGUGUCGGCUUUUUAGAAUACACAGUAGAUAGGUGCCAAUCGAAAUCAAAACAUCGUUAUUAGAAUUUUUUAUUAUUUUAAUUGAAUGAAAUGUGUGAAUUCUAGUGCCAUAUUAAACUAUUUUCUAAGAUGUAAGGGUUUUGAAAAAAAACUCGACUUAUUAUAUUAUAAUAUCUUAAUAAUAAUGCCAUAAUGGACUUUGAAUCUAGUCAAUGUUUUUCACAAAUGGUCUCCAUUUAGUAACUAAAGCAGGUAUUUACCAACUAUUUACUUCGUAUUUAUUUGAUAGGUCUUCUUCGUUAGAAAUAUUAUUUCCUUUUGUUUUCUUUUAUUUAUUUUUAAUUUUUUGUAUUGUCUUCGUUUUUACGUUCAGUUUUCGUUAACGAAUUUUAAUUGGAAAAGUUGUUUGUAUUUUUUUCUCUUUUCUUUUACGUUAAUUUUAUUUUCCAAGUUAUAUGGUUUUCUUUUGCGUUUUUAUUUUUGGAUUUUUGCGAGUUCGAAUUUAAUUUUAAGAGUGAAUGUUUUCCUUUGUGUUUUUUUACGAGUUCUAUUUGAAUUUGAUCUGUAUUUUAUUCAAGUGCAAUA